AUGAAUCUCGCCAUCAUGAUGAACGGGCUGCCGGGUGCGAUGGGCCGCGAGAUUGCGAGUGCUGCCAUCCGACGAGAGGGCGUCACGCUCGCGCCGUUUGCCUUGACGGGCGCUGGGAUGGGCGGCGAGGUGGAGGUUGACGGGGUGACGGUGCGGCUCUACGAGCCCAGCGAGAAGGAGGAGUGUGCCAGGCUCGCCAAGGAGGCGUACCCAGAGGCGGGCUCGCUGGUGUGCAUCGACUUUACGCACCCGACGGCGGUGAACGGCAACGCCGAGUGGUACGGCGCCAACCGCCUGCCCUUUGUCAUGGGCACGACGGGCGGAGACCGCGACGCGCUCUUCGGCGUGACGCGCGAGUCGGGCACGUAUGCGGUGAUUGCGCCCAAUAUGGCCAAGCAGAUUGUCGCGCUGCAGGCGGCGCUCGAGCAGAUGGCGAGCGACUUUGGAGGCUCGUUCGAGGGGUACGCUCUGUCGGUGGUCGAGUCGCACCAGUCCACCAAGGCCGACACCUCGGGCACCGCGAAGGCCGUCUCCACCUCCCUCGCCAAGCUGACCAACGAGCCAGACUUCACCGCAGACGACUACGCGCAGAUCCAGCGCGUGCGCGACACGGACGAGCAGCUCGCCGGCGGCGGCAGCUCGCACAGGGGCUGCUCGCCCGUGCCCGAGGCCUUCCUCGGCGGCCACGCCUUCCACACCUACGCCCUCACCUCUGCCGACGGCAACGUCGAGUUCCAGUUCCGGCACAACGUGUGCGGCCGCUCAACCUACGCAGAGGGGUCAGUCGACGCGGCGGUCUUCCUGGCGAAGCGCGUCGGGGCGGCCGCCGAACAGCGCGUGUACGACAUGGUCGACGUGCUCAAAAUGGGCGGCAUCUGA